AUUUGUUUUUCUAGUGAAAUAUCAUCAUCAAAGCAUCGUCACUUGUUGCCUUUAUCGAAAACACACACACACACAUUUGAAAUUCUGAUUUGAUUUGAUUCGUUACGACCGACCAGAAAACAAAAACUAAUAUAAAAAACCAGAAAAUUUUUUUCUGCAAUCAAAUUAAUCAUCAAUAUAUUAUCGAUUAGUUUUCAAAAAAUCAACCCAACCAUCAAUAUGGCUACUAUGAAUAAUAAAAAAUCAAUUUUAAUUUUAUCAAUAAUAAUGAUUAUUUUAGAAUCAUGUAAAUCAUGGCCAAGUGGUGCACCGGAAAAAACUUGUCCAACACUGUUACCACGGCAUGGUGGCCAACCGGCAAAAGAAGCAAAUGAAUCACCAUAUAUGUUGGAACAAUCUAAUUCACAAUAUAGACCUGGUGAUCAGAUUUUAGUUGUAUUGAAAUCACCAAGCAACAUACCAUUCAAAGGAUUGAUCGUUCAAGCAUUGGAUCCGGAAACGGGCAAAACUAUUGGCAAAUUUUCCCAAGGAACUGGCCUAAAAGUGAUUGAUAGCUGUUCGGCUGUAACACAUUCGGACAACAGAAAUAAAAAAGCAGCAAAUUUGGUUUGGAAUGCACCAUUAAAUACCGGUAGUGUUAAUCAUCAAGGUGGUUUAAGUGGUCAGGUUGUAUUUCGUGGUACAGUUGUAAGAAAAUAUGAUACAUUUUUUAAAGGUCUUAUAUCGGUUGUUAAUCCACAUGUUCAUGUUUGAAAAAACAAAACAAACAAACAAGAAACCAAGUAUCAUUGAAACCAAUCUUAUUACAAACACAGCAUAAUAAUAAUACUGAUCAACACAUCCAUCACAAACACAAAAAAUAAUCAAAGUUAUAAAAUGCAACAAUGUUUUUUUUUCAACUAAUUCAAUUUUUUAUUAAUUACCAAAUUAUGAAUAAAUUUUUUUUUCUUGUGAA